AUGAUUUUAAUAUUAUUUUAUUAUUUACUUAUUAUUUUAGCUAGUCCUAUUGGUCCACCUACACCUCCAGGUGAAGACGAAUUCUACAACCCACCAGAGGGCUACGAGAAUGAACCAAAUGGUGCGAUUUUAAAAUCAAGACCAUGUCCAAAUCCAUUAACUAAUAUUUUCACACCAGUUAAUGUCAAGAAUUGUUGGCAGUUUUUAGUUAGGUCUGAAGAUACUUUUAAUAAUCUGAAUGCCAUCGUAACGACUAUAAUUGAACCUUAUAAUGCAGAUCCCAAAAAAAUUGUUAGUUAUCAAGUUUUUGAAGAUGCUGCCUCUGAAAAUUGUGCCCCAAGUUUUUCGAUCCAAUUUAAAGCACCUAUAAACACAAUACUGACCCAAGCAGAGAUGUAUUUUGUUAUAGCAUUGUUAAAUCAAGGAUACUAUGUCAAUAUUCCAGAUUAUGAAGGUCCAAAAUCCGCAUUCACUGCUUCUUAUCAAUCUGCUUAUGCAACUUUGAAUUCAAUAAAAGCCGCACUUGCCAGUGGUGAAACAACAGGUAUUUCAGAGGAUGCCAGAUGUGUUCUUUGGGGUUAUUCGGGUGGAAGCAUUGCUUCUGUCUGGUCUAGCGGAUUAAUCUCAGUUCAUAGCCCUUCAAUAUUACCUAACAUUAUUGGUGUUGCAGCAGGAGGUUUAGUGACAAAUAUCACUGAGGUUGCUGAAGCAACCGACCGCCUGGCAUUCAGUGGUAUCAUUGCAAAUGCACUUGGUGGACUAGCAAAAGAAUAUGAACAAUAUGCUGAUUUAUUAAAUUCUGAAAUCAAUCCUUUACUUAAUUGGAAAUGGGAUAGAAGAGAUAAACAUUGUUUAGUUGAUGCUUUAUUAGUAUUCUUUUAUGAUCGUUGGUUUUCGGGCCCACUCAGAUUUAUCAUUCCAGGUUGGGAUUUACUAACUCAAGAACCAUUUAAAUCUGUUAUUGAUGAGAUUGAUUUAGUCUCAAAUCCAAACAUAGUACCUGAAGUUCCAAUUUUUAUAUAUCAUGGUUCAAUUGAUGGUAUUGUUCCAAUUCCUAGUGCAAUUAAGACUUUUAAUCAAUGGUGUGAAGCAGGAAUUGCAAGUGCAGAAUUUGCAGAAGAUGAAAGUAAUGGUCAUAUCAGUGAAAUUGUUGUUGGAGCUCCCGCCGCUUUAACAUGGAUAAUUAAUAGAUUCAAUGGUGUUGAACCCGUAAACGGUUGUGUUCAUACUAAAAGAGGUGAUAAUUUUGAAUAUCCAGGUGUAAUUCCUUCAAUUUUGGAUUAUUUCAAAGCAGGAUUAUCUUCAUUAUUAGGAUUUGGUUUGGGUCCAGAUAUUACCCAUGAUCAAAUUUCAUUUAGUGGUUUACAACAAGUAGAGAAUCAAAAUUUAACUAGCAACUAA